AUGGGGAAAGGCCUGGCACCCUACCCCGUUUCUUCUUGUUGCCUUGCAAAUUCUUCUGACAAACCUUUCACGGAUCCUUCUGCCCAAAUUGUCAAUAACGUUAACCCUUUUCCUACUAAUGUGCGCAUUGCGGAUUCUCACAAAAUUGCAACGUGGAAUGUAAGAGGACUUAGUUCCGGGAAAUUGGACAUUGUAAAAUCUGAAAUGCGUCGUUUAAAUAUUGACUUACUUGGCAUAAGUGAAGUCCACUGGAAAAACAAUGGUUGUUUUCAGUCUGAUGAUUUCGUGAUUUAUUAUUCUGGCAAUGAACAUAUGAAAAGAAAUGCUGUCGCUUUCAUUACUUCGAAAAAAUUUUCCCAUUUCAUUGAAAGUCAUACAAUUAUCAGCGAUCGUAUUAUUCUUAUCCACGUGCGUGGAAAACCACUGCAUCUUACAUUUAUACAAGUUUAUUGCCCAACUACUGCGGCAAACGAUUAUCAAAUUAACACCUUCUAUGAUGAGCUCCAGGAUUCCUUGCGUAAGACGCCAAAGAAUGCCAUAAUUUACAUAUUGGGUGAUUUCAAUGCAAAAGUUGGAAGCCUCAAGCACAAUGACACCGUUGGGAAUUUUGGUCUGGGUCUAAGAAAUGAUGCUGGGGAUCGCUUGAUUCAGUUCUGCGAAGAAAAUCGGUUCCGUAUUACCAAUACCUGCUUUCAACAACCUAAGAGAAGACUAUAUACAUGGACUUCUCCUGAUGGAAAAACCAGAAAUCAGAUUGAUUAUAUUCUAUGCAGCAACCGGUGGAAGAGUUCCAUAACUGCCAUCAAGACUUUUCCCGGUGCAGAUUGUGGAUCGGACCAUGAACUACUCGUUGCUAAAAUCCGCGUCAGACUCAGUAGAAUAAAACAUAAAAAGCAUGGAAGAAAUUUAGACCUUCGAAAUAUCCCAUCUGCCUUCUCCGCCCAGGUUGAAGAAAAUUUCAAACUGUUGGAUACUAACGGAGCUGCACCAGAGGUUCUGUGGCUCAGCAUAAAGUCGAUCAUCAACACUGCGGCAGAAAAACAUCUGUCCAUCAAAAAAUCUGACUCUAAAUGCGAUUGGCUAUCAGAAGAUACUAUUAAAAUUGCUCUCUGUCGUAGAGAAGCAAAGGCUUCUGGCAGGAAAAAGGAUGUCGUCUUUCUAAAUGCCAAAUUCCGCCAUGCAGUCAGGAAGGACAAAAAUGAGUAUUGGCAAAAGUGUUGCACUUAG